CAGCUCUGAGGCCACUGGAUCAGUGCCUUCCUUUGGAGCAGCAGAGAGCUAACUGGUUUUAGUGCUGUGAUCCUUCCAUGAUGUGGCUCUGUGCUCUGGUCCUGGCUUCUCUUACUGCUUGUGCAGCUUGGGGGCACCCAUCCUUGCCGCCUGUGGUGAACACCUUGCAAGGCAAAGUCCUAGGGAAGUACGUCAGCUUACAGGGGUUUGCGCAGCCUGUGGCCGUCUUCCUGGGAGUCCCAUUUGCCAAGCCCCCUCUUGGAUCCUUGAGGUUUGCUCCACCACAGCCUGCAGAGCCAUGGAGCUUCGUGAAGAACACCACCUCCUAUCCUCCUAUGUGCUCCCAGGAUGCAGUGGGGGGACACGUACUCUCAGAACUCUUCACCAACAGGAAGGAGAGCAUUCCUCUCACGUUUUCUGAGGACUGUCUCUACCUAAAUAUUUAUACUCCUGCUGACUUGACGAAGAACAGCAGGCUGCCGGUGAUGGUGUGGAUCCAUGGAGGAGGCCUGGUGGUGGGCGGAGCAUCAACCUAUGAUGGACUGGCCCUCUCUGCCCAUGAGAACGUGGUGGUGGUGACCAUUCAGUACCGCCUGAGCAUCUGGGGAUUCUUCAGCACAGGGGAUGAGCACAGCCGUGGGAACUGGGGUCACUUGGACCAGGUGGCUGCACUGCACUGGGUCCAGGACAACAUCGCCAACUUUGGAGGGAACCCAGGCUCUGUGACCAUCUUUGGAGAGUCAGCAGGAGGUGAAAGUGUGUCUGUGCUUGUGCUAUCUCCCUUGGCCAAGAACCUCUUCCACAGGGCCAUUGCUGAGAGUGGUGUGGCUCUCAUGUCUGCACUGGUGAAGACCAAGAACAUCAGGUCUAUAGCUGAGAAAGUUGCGAUCACGGCUGGGUGCAAAACCACCACAACGGCCACCAUGGUUCACUGCCUGCGCCAGAAGACAGAGGAGGAGCUCUUGGAGGUCACGCUGAAACUGAACCUGUUUAAGCUUGAUUUUGUUGGAGACCCCAGAGAGAGCAUUCCCUUCUUGCCCACUGUGGUUGAUGGAGUGCUGUUGCCCAAGUCACCUGAAGCGAUUCUGGCUGAGAAGAGUUUCAACACUGUUCCCUACAUUGUGGGAAUCAACAAGCAAGAGUUUGGCUGGAUCAUUCCAAUGUUUGUAGGCUAUCCACUGGAAGGUGAAAUGGACAAGAAGAAGGCCUCAUCACUGCUGUGGACAUCUUACCCAAUGCUGGACCUUUCUGAAGAGCUGAUUUCAGCAUCCAUUGAGAAAUAUUUUGGAGGAACAGACGACCCUGUCAAAAUGAAAGACCUACUACUUGACUUGAUAGCAGAUGUGAUGUUUGGAGUUCCAGGUGUGAUGGUAUCCCGGAGCCACAGAGAUGCGGGAGCCCCUACCUACAUGUACGAGUUUCAGUAUCGCCCAAGCUGCUCCUCAGACAUGAAACCCAAGACGGUGAUCGCAGACCAUGGGGAUGAGCUCUUCUCAGUGUUUGGGGCUCCGUUUUUGAAAGAGGGUGCCACAGAAGAGGAGAUCAACCUGAGCAAGAUGGUGAUGAAGUUCUGGGCCAACUUUGCUCGGACUGGGAACCCCAAUGGGAAGGGACUGCCUCAUUGGCCAGAGUACGAUCAGAAGGAAGGUUACCUGCAGAUUGGCGUUCCCACCCAGGCAGCCCAGGGGCUGAAAGACAAGGAAGUGGCUUUCUGGACCCAGCUCAGAGCCCAGGAGGCAGCAAAGAGGCCACCCCAUGAAGAACACACUGAGCUGUGAACAGGAGGCCCAGUCAGCAUGAGCAGACUGGAACAGCCAACACAGGCACUUUUGACAGAAGAUGUUUGUAGGCCAAAGAGGCAUCUUACUGUGGAGGCUGUGGUGGUGGUUGGCAGAGGCCAUAGGGCUGAUAUUAGUGUCCAUGACUUCAAUUUGUUAUAUAAAUGUUCUUUUGGAGACCA